AUGGAAUAUAAGAAUAAUAAUUUUUUUAAUACAUUUAAUGAUGAAGGAAAAAAAAAAUUUGAAGUUUUUAUAAAUAAACAAUCAAUUUCAUUACCUCAAACACAAUCACCGAUAUCACCAAUGUCGUCAAUAUCAUCAAUACCCAUACCAAUACCAAAACCAACAUUAAAUUUUUUAAUAAGUGAAACAACCCCAAAUUUAUUUUCACAAAAUUUUGAACCAUUAAAUAAAAUUAAUAAUUUAUUAUCACCAAAUUUUCACCAAUCAUCUUUUUCACAUUAUAGAAAUUCUCCAUUUUCAUCUUCAUUAUCAUCAUCUCCAAAUUUAUCAAGUUCUCCAAAUUUAUCAUUUACAUUAUCAUCAUCGUCAGAUCAAACUGAAGAAAUUGAUUUAUUUUUAAAAAAUUUAUAUAUUCAUUAUUUUUUUAAAAAUAAAAUUAUUGAAAAUGAUUUUAAAAAUUGUUUAAAAAGUGAAAAUUUUGAUUUUGAUUUUAAAGAUCGUACAAUUCAAUUUAAUUUAAAUUAUCAAGAUAAAAUUGAAAAUAUUUAUAUAUUUUUAAAAAAUGAUAUUCCAAUAAGAGGUUAUGAACCAUUCAUAGGAAAAAUUAAAAAUGGUAAAUGGGUAAUUUGUAGUAUUUCAUUUCCAAAUUAUUGGAUACCAUUAAAUAGUAAAGAAUUUGAUAAAUUUAAUAGUAAUUCAUUAAUUCAAAAUUUUGAAUUAAAAUUACAAAUUUCAAUUUAUUUAUGUGAUAAUUUAUGUUUUUAUUUAUUGAGUUUAAAAGAAGAUAAAAAUUUAUUUCCAAUAUUGAAAAAUAAUGAAAUUAAAGAAGUUUUAAAACCAAGUUUUAAUCAAUUAGAAACAUAUUGUAAAAAUGAUAGACUUUUAUACAUGUUUUUUAGGUUAAUUCAAGCAGAUUAUGGAUUUUAUAAACAUUGUUUACACGUUUUAGAAGCAUCGAUUGGUUUAUUUUUAAAAAGUUGUAUUUUAAUACCUAGAGGUUCAUUUGGUAGUAAAACCGGCUUAAAAGAAACCAUUGAUCUUGAUGUUGAUUUAAUUAUACCAAGAGAGAUUUUAACACCAGAGAAAACUGAUCCGUCACAAUUUCAAGCAUUUUUAAAAAAUUUAAAUAUUAUGAUAACAAAUAGGAAUAAUUAUAUGAAAAAAUUUAGAGUUACUAAUAAAAUUAUUACAAGAAGUAUUGAAUAUAAAAUGAAUAUUGAAGGUGUUGAAAUUUUAGUUGACCUAUUUCCAAAAUUAAUUUCAAAUGAUGGUAAAAUAGUUAGUUUAACUCAUGAAAAAAAUGGAAUUAGAAAUUGGAUUGAAUCAGAUUAUGAUAUCUUUUUAAAUAAUGAUAAUAGUUUCAAUUUAACUCAAGAACAAACCGCUUCAAUUUUAUUUAUUAAAUUAUUUAAAAAUGAUAUAAUUGAAAAAAUAAAUGAUCAUUCUUUUAUUUAUUUAUUAAAAGCAUAUCAUUUAAUUUUAGCUGUUGAAAAAGUUACUCAAAAAUUUGAAAAUAAUCAUAAUCAAAAUAAAUUUAAAAUUGAAUCAGUUUUUAAAUUAAUGUAUGAUAUGGUUGAAUUUCUUUUAAUUGCAUAUCAAAAGGAACCAGUGGUAAUUAAUAAAGGUAAUGGAAAUUUUAAACCUUUACCUUUAAAUAAAUAUAAUGAAUUAGAUUUUUUAAUUAAUGGUUGCAAUCCAUAUUUAGAUGAUACAAUAGAUUAUCCAAAAGAAAUUCGUGAAAAAUUAAUUUUAAAGUUAUAUGAAUUAAGAGAUAUAAUAGAAAAUUAUCAAAUAAGGUAUAAUAAAAUUAUUUGA